UUGUUGAAGUGUAUUUCAAAAGAGCUAUUAUACAAGAAGAAAACAUCAAUCAUCUUAUACUUCAUAGUACUUUAAGUAUAAAGCAAGAUGAAUAUAAAUUUAAAGAUACAGAAACAUAUAAUAAUAUUGUACAAGAAAGAAGAAAUAUUAUGAGAAAAAUAUUUAUUCAUUACUAUGAUAAAGUUUUGCGUGAGAAAGAUCUUUGUAAGUCAGAUGGAAAUGAUGAUAGAAAAUGUAUUUUUAUUGCUUUAAUCAGUAAUACUGAUUCCAGAGUUAAUGGCUUCAUUUUUGAUCCGAUAUGUCGAAAAGGUUAUUGCGUUCUUAGUUCUUAUAAUGACAGUGAUUCUUCAAGAGCGAACUAUAUAAAAAGUGAUUUUCCCUUGUUUUAUAAAGAUUCUGAGGAUGGAGAAAACCAACUUCUUUCAUGGACGGAAGAAAAAAUAGAAACAGGCAUAUUAGUACAGUGGGAAUAGAAUUACAUUACACUUUUGUUAUUUUUAUGCAACUGUUAGAAUUCCACCGUAAAUAAAUAAAUUAAUUGAAUAUAUCCAAAAAAAAUUGUUGUAUAAAUUUCUUACAAAUAAAAUUGAUAGAUCAUUUG